AUGAAGAUAUCUAUUAUUAUUAUUGUUAUUUGUCUCAUCUUUUCAUAUGCAUCAGCACAAGGUUGCAAUAAUAAUGUAUGCAACUUAGGUAAUUAUUUCAAUGAGACAAAUGGUUAUCGUUGUUACGAUUUGGGGGGUGGUAGUGCUUUAUGUACAUGUCCUGGUAGUGCAUACGAGAUUAAUCAACCUUGUCGUCUUUGUAACCGAGCAAAUCCUGCAAACAAUGUGUGCAGAAAUAACAAUGGAAAGUUGAUUCAAUGUCUUGAAAGUAAUGACAGUGGGACAUCGUAUGCAUGUGCUUGUAUAGAUACAACCACAGGAGAUUUAGCACUAACAACAGAUGCAGAUUGUGACACAACAGUUCCAUUGACAGGCUCGUCAACUACAUAUCCUUCAACUUCAUCAGCAUGCCUGAAUGGUGGUGUUUUUACCGGUGGUAUUUGUCAUUGUCCAUCUGGUUAUAGCGGAGCAAUCUGUCAAGAUAAAAGCGAUUAUAAUUUAUGUGAAAAAGUUCGAUGUAAAAAUAACGGUGUUUGUGCUAUUCAAAAUCCAAAUGGACCAAACCAAAGUGUUUGUCUUUGUCGAUAUGGUACCUGGGGAGAUUAUUGUGAAUUAAAAGGUACUUUGGGUUUUUGUUCGGCAAGCUUAUGUUUAAAUGGAGGAGCUUGUAGAGAAAAUAUUAUUGGUUCAACACGUUUUGCUUAUUGUCAAUGUGCGCCAGGUUAUAGUGGUCCUAAAUGCGAGACUAAAUAUUUUACUUGUUCCACUCCUGGUAGUUUUCCUGAUACUGACAUGCAUGAGCAAGGAAAAUAUUUUGAAUGUAAAAUGAUAUCUGGAUCAUUACGCAUCGAAAGAAAAUCAUGCCCAAAAGGACUUCGUUUCAAUACAAUUUCAAAACUUUGCACGUAUUAA